AUGCCUAGUGGUGGUGGUCUUCCGCCAUAUGGCGACAUAACCAAGCCUGCCGUGGCCUGGGCCAUUGUGAUAGUUGCCUGUAUCGUCGCGUUCCUAGACUUGUUCCAAAGCUCCAUGGUCAUCUUUGGUCUGACGGAGAUGAAGGAUGAACUCAACUUUACGACCGGCGAUCUCAACUGGGUGCUGGUGGCCUACACGCUGACGUUUGCUACCACGCUUCUUGUGGGUGGCCAGCUUGCGGACCGCGUUGGCUUGCGAAUUACCUUUCUUAUUGGCACGCUCAUGCUGGUGUGGCCCAAUAUCCUCGUUGCUUGGGCUCCCAAUAAGAAUGCGCUUCUUGCUGGCCGUGCGUUGGCUGGCAUCGGCGCCGCCCUGACUUGCGCUACUGGAAUCCCCAUCAUCAGCCACACCUUCCCGCCAGGCAAAGAUCGAAACAAUGGCCUGGCUACAUAUGUCUCGACCGGCCCGAUCGGCACCGUGCUGGGCGUCAUCUUCGGAGCCUUGCUCACAGCCUCGCCUGCUGGGUGGCGCUCCAUGUUCUGGGUCAAUUUUAUUCUGGCUGCCGUUGCUGGUAUAAUUGGGUUCUUCCUGAUUCCCGACUUUAAAGUCGAGGGAUCGCGUAAGUUUGACUAUCUCGGCACGGCGGCAUUUAUGGCGGGAACAUGUUUCCUUGUGUACGGCCUGAAUGACGCAGUCAACUUGGGAUGGGGCCAUCCUGCCAUCAUUGUCUCUCUCAUCCUGGGAGUCUUGUUCCUCGCUUCAUUCCCUGUUGUGGAAAGCAAACUGGACGAGCCCGUGGUGCCCUUGUCCAUCAUGCGCAACCCCCAUGUGCUUGUGCCCUUGACCACGUUUGCCUUUGUCGGCGGCGGCUGGGUCACCUGGUUCUUCUUGGCCACCGAAGUCUGUCUCAACUCGCUUCACUAUGAGACUGUGCGGGCCGCCUGCUACUUUCUGCCUGCAACCGCAGUAUCCAUCAUCGGUGGCGCCGUUGGCAACAAGCUCGUCGGCAAGGGCUACACCAAGCGAGUCAUCAUCGUCGGAUACAUCAUGUCCGUCGGAGCUCUUGUGCCCUGGGGCUUCGUCGGGCCUCAGUUUGGCAUUUGGUACGUCAUUGUCUUUGCCAUGCUCUAUCUGGCAGCUGCUCCAGCCAUUGCGUGUGCUGGCCAGGCUAUUGUCCUGCACGAGAUCCCUCUAGAGGACCACGGCAUGGCAUCUGCUCUCAUGAACGUCAUGUACCAGUUUGGUAGCUCUCUCCUGCUUGCUCUGGUAAACGUUGCCAUGGGCUCGACGAAGAAGACGGGCAACUCCGAGGAGCAGCUUUUGAACCAGUACCAUAACGGCGCAUGGGCCCUGUUGGGUCUUACUGCUGCUGGUCUGGUCUUGUUCUUGGUCUUUUACGCUCGCCGUGAGUCAUCCAAGGGAGGCAUGAUCAACAAGACAGCUGAUGGCGAUGCUGUUACUCCCCAGGAAACAAAGGAGGAAGGAAAGGAAUCUGGAGAGGUUUGA